AUGUUUGACAUAACAAAUGCAAACGUUGGUGAAACAAGAAGAAGAGACGACACACUGAAACAACAGAGAAGAGAGAUGUUUAAGAGCGCUAUAGAACAAGUUCGCAAAGCUAACGAUGUCCUUCGUUCCAUUGACGACAAACCAAAAGAAGGUGAGAGAUGGUUAAAGAAAGAUGAAGAGAAUAGGAAGAGGAAUGUUAAGACAGGCAAUAGACUCAUUGACUUUAACAUCGAAGCUUUAGAUGAACCAAACAGAGACUACUUACACAAACAUUUCGGUAAGGUUUUCAUGAGACUCUUAGAGAAGAUUAAAAUAAACUCCCAACAGAGAUGGGUGGUAUGUUAUAAACUUGGUGGAAAGUAUGAAUGUUCUACGUUAAACCUCAAUAAUAUUGGAACAUUACUACAUCAGCUCUUGAAGGAGAACUUUAUAUCAGAGAUAGAAGCAAAUGCUGCAGGUAUUGUUGAAAUGCACUAUGACUUCUUCUUGACAAACAUAAAGA